AUGACAUUUCGCUUACUCACUACAGCGUGCCACCUACAAGCUGCUGCCCUCAGCCUCGCCGCUUCGCUGCCACGCAAUGAUUUGCCCUUGCCACUGGUCAUAUGGAAUGGCCUCGGCCAUGAUUUGAAUAAUGCUGUACUUCCGCCCGUUGGUGAUAUGGCCAGCGAUAUUCAUCCGGGCACAUUUGUCUACAACAUCAUGAAUAACAUUGUCGAUGACGACUGGUACAGUGUCUACCUCGGCAACAUCUCAUCGCAGCUCGAUAAAGUCUGUAAUGAGUUAGCAAAGCAUCCCGUUUUGUCUCUCGCGCCCGCUAUCGAUGCCAUCGGCUUCUCCCAAGGCGGCCUGUUUCUUCGGGCCUAUGUGGAGCGCUGCAACAAGCCUCCAGUCCGCAGUUUGGUCACUUUUGGCAGCCAGCACAACGGCAUCGCCAGACUCCCAGAUUGUGCGCCCACCAACUGGCCGUGUAAGAGCGCCAUGACUCUCCUCCGCUUCAACAAUUGGAGCAGCUUUGUCCAAAGCCGUGUGGUUCCUGCACAGUACCUCAGAGACCUGGGUGAUUACGCCUCGUAUCUCGACGGCUCCAACUUCCUCGCUGAUAUCAAUAACGAGCGAGAGCGCAAGAACUCGGUGUACGCGAGUCGAUUGGCUAGCCUAGCCAAGUUUGUCAUGUUCAUGUUUGAGCAGGAUAGUCGGGUUAUACCGCGUGAGUCAUCGUGGUUUGGAGAUAAAACUCCUAACAGCAAUGUCCCACUUCGUCAGCGCCGUCUCUACUUGGAGGACUGGCUCGGCUUGCGGGAAUUGGAUGACAAGGGAGCUAUCGUCUUUCGCGCCAUUGCCGCAGAGCAUAUGCACAUUCCCUGGCAAGCUCUCAACGAUACUAUACGCGAAUUCUUCGGUCCAUAUCAGCGCCGAUUUCGCUCGCAUAAAUACCAGGAUCCAGUUACAUAUGGAGCCUUUGGAGCCGAUGAGCUCUGA